AUGUCCGACGACGAGAGCUCUGGCUCGUCUUCUGGAGACGAAGAUGUCGCCACAUCCGGACUCAUCGCUACGCGCGCGAAACGAGCGACCGCAGGAAACCUGUAUUCGUCACUCCGCGAAAUCCUGGACGAUGAAGAGCUGCAGAAACAGCUUCUCGCCGAGGAUGAGGAUGACCAAGGCGAAUUCGUGGGAUCCGACAAAGAUGACGACGAUGCGAUGUCCUCGUCGGGCGACGAAGACGAUGCUGGACCCCCGCAGGAUGGCGAGAAGGAGGACUUGGAGGGCGAGCGGGAGUUGAAGAAGCAGGAACGCGCCCAGCUGAAGCGGAAGCGAAAGAUUGAGGAGGCGAAGAUGCGUCUUCCUAAGUUUGGGCAGAAAAAGAGAGUCAAGCUGGCCGACGAUGUCAAGACGGAGGAUGGCUCUGCCACGCCGGUGGAGAGGCCUAAGAAGAAGAGCGAGAGGCAGAAUUGGCUACCCACUGAGGCCGAUAUGCCUGUCAGACAGUCGAGUCGAUCGACAGCUGUGGCGAAUCGAGAAAUGGUGCAUACCAAUCUGAAACAAAGCAUCGCGCGGAGUGAGAAGCAGAAGAAGGUUAUGGCGAAUCAUGCUGCGAAGGUGAAGGCUAACACGCGUGCCGUGCUCACGCAGGAGGAACGUUUUGCCAAAGCUGCCAAGAUCGAGAAGGAGACGGCGAAGGAGUUUGGCAGAUGGGAGAGAGAAGAGGCGGAGAGACAGCGGCUGCGAGAGGAGGCUCUGGCUGCGAAGCGGAGGCGAGGCAUAGAGGGGCCAGUGAUCAGAUAUUGGAGUGGUAGUGUGCUGUGGGAAGGCGACAAGAUCAAGGACAACCGCUUGCAUGGCAGUCAGAAAGUAGACGAGAUCAAAGAUCGGCCAGGAAGUGCUGGAGGCGUGAGUGUCAGCGGAGACGCAGGCAAAGACGAGCUUGCCUCAGGGCACUCGACAGAAUAUGCCACGGCCAACGGAAGUCCCGCACCACCAAGCGUACCGGCGACACCUGGCUUCCCCGGCAGCCGACCUUUGCAGCCUGCGCAUCCUCCUCUACAGCCUGAACCACCAGUAGCAGGCCCUUCGUCCUGGUUAGAUGGCAUUCACGAAUAUGCAAAUGGUUCUGGCACGUCGACACCCCUCCAACCGGGAACCUACACCCCUAGCACUCCAGCACUCAAUACACCGCCUGUUGCUUCCAACGGACUGCCCAUGUUAGCGCCGCAGCCGUCGGCAGCGCAGCAUAUGUCAAGCCAAGCCCCGAUCUAUCAUGGCUUGCCACCAUAUGGUACAUACGGCCAAUUCCAGCUCAACACACCACAACAACAAGUGCCGGAGCCCCCUCCGCCGCCUCUCAUUAAGGAACAAGCCCAGCGCUCUUUGAUCAUGCUCGAGGCCUUUGAGAACCUUGAUGCGCCAACGACAAGCAAGCGCAGCUCAUCAAGGGCGCAGAAAGAGAAUCUACUAGAGCCUACCCCCGUCGCGUCAAUACUCCUUCCAGGCUCAUAUCCUCACUUUGCACCGGAAGAAGCACGGUAUCUCACGCAUAAAAAGCGUGCGACAGCUAAAGAGCAUCUUCCGCCUCCCCCGACAAAAGCGAAAUGUGCGCUCACGCCCUUUCCUGCAAAGUUCCGAGAUCCAAAGACCGGAAUUUCGUAUGCUGGUCUUAUGGAAUACAAAAUGGUUCAACGGCUGUUGGCUGGCGGCUGUCAGUGGAGCUCUAUGCUUGGCUGUUGGGUUGGACCGACUUAUGGAGAUCUGGGGAGGGCAGCGAGAGGGGUGCCUGACGAUUUCGAAACACCAGCGAAUUCGAAAGGUAGAGAGAAUGAAGUGGAGCUCAAAGCUGAGAGUGCAGGUUGAAAGACGCUGUGAUGGAUGCAGCAGCUUCCUGAGACGCGGACCCGAUGACAUCUAGCUACAGUGAAUCAAUGCCCAGGAUGGCUCAGGAGGAGCCUAUUUUUUCCUCCGAUCAUCUUGACAACCCGAAACUGCAUAUGAGUUCGCAACGCGAGAUCUUGCGCGACCUACUAGCCAGCGGCAGCAUCCGCUGUGCUUCUUCCUGGUAGCAAUGUUGCGUUGCAAUGCAGGUCUGUGGUCGACGGAGUCCGUGGUAGCGACAUGUCCUUAGGAAGGCCUUCAAAGCUCGGACCAAUUCAAGCACAAUAUUUUUGUUCCGCCCUUCUCUGCCCACUCGACCUUCUCAUCACUCCAUUUGGUCAGCAUACAGCCUGCUGUUGGGGCGCAAACGGUCCGGGAUAUCUCGAUAUAUACUGGUGAAGCAAGAGGGCGUGAUAUUGAGUGCAAGCUCCGCUCGCGGCUGAUCCAAAGAGGUCUGCCGCAAGAUGAUUUCGACUGGGGUGUGAUGCAAGAGAGGUCCUUUUAUGAUGAUCGGGCGUUUCCGAUUAACCGGCUACGACAACUCUGAAUCUUGCAGGUCGACUGUGGAAAUGGCGUUGCAAAGGGGAACAAUGGGCGCUUGACAAACUUCUGAAAUUACUGGCAGAAUUGUUCGUACGUCUCUGUUUUUUUACAGAUACGCCGUGCAACGCCGCAGAAGCUCCUGACAGAAAUCAAGUUUGAUCUGCUGAUCGAGCAGGCUAUGCGCGAAAUUUCAACUUUCGUUAAGUUUGUUCUUGGGUGAGAAAGCCUCAAGAAUGCUUUUCUUGAGGAAGUCGAAGCAAGUGUGCCAUUCGGUGGGGAUCUUGAGCCUAUGGCGGUGCCCUCCACUAUCCAGAAAACAAUAGACGAGAGAAGAAGCUGGCCUUCAAACAAUUGUCUUUCGAGCUAAUUCCCGUCCACAGAGUGUAGUUGACCUCAGUCGUGGCCAUGCGGCUUCAAUUCCACGCCAGCUUGUCUGCAGAGGAUAGACGACUAAAUUACCUCUGACAAAUCGCUUUCAUCAAUGGACAACAAGCUGAGGUCCUAUUGCGUGCGACACUGACAAAGCAUUGUGCGCUUGCAGCUGAAACGGAACCGGGG